AUGGGGCACGCAGCUGCCUCUCACUCUGCAGUACGCAGCUACCGUCAGGCCAAUCCCACAGAAGGCAGAUAUAUCACUCUUCUGGCCGUCCUUGGGGGCAACAAGUCCCCCACUUCAAAGGACUUGAAGAAGAUUCUCAACGGUGUAGACAUUGAGACGGAUGAACACCUGAACAAGGUUAUUGGUGAACUGAACGGAAAAAAUAUAGAGGAUGCCAUUGCUCAGGGUAACAGCAAACUUGCCAGCAUGCCAGCUGGUGGAGCUGUAGCAGUCUCAGCUGGACCAGGUUCUGCUGCUCCUGCUGAGGAGAAGAAAGAUCAGAAGGAGGAGUCUGAGAAAUCUGACGAUGACAUGGGAUUUGGCCUAUUUGACUAAACUUUUGCUACAGAAGUUAAUAAAACAUUUUCUUUAAAAUGGAAAAAAAAA